AUGUCUUACCGAGCGUCGUUCCGGCUUAAGAACACUACAGCGACAAAAACGCACAGGAUAGCAGCAGGCGUGGUGGACAAAGCCUCCAGGAUCGUGUUAGAUUUGGUGCCUCCUGAAAUACGGAAUAGCCGUAUCAUCAGGCUGUGCCUUGCGCUGUGGCAGUUCGUGACAAAAAGGCUAGCCGUAUUAGUGAAUCAGCUGAAGGGGCGGACUAAAGGACCAGAAGUCAUCGACGGCCUGUGCGUGAUAGCCGCAGACCAGCACACCCUAUCCACCAUCGCUGAACAGGUCCGAGAAGCUACAGGUGGUUUCUACACGGUUGAAGAGCAUCUCGUCACCAACAGAAAGGCCGUGGCCGAACUGCCGAUCUACAAUCGCGCCAUCUGCUGUGUUCGCAACGCCGAGAGGAACAUUUCCUUCAACAAUCAGGGCGCUCUAGAACCGGAAGCAGACCUGGGAUUUCGUGCCUUCGACAGGAUGGAGGCAUAUACAGGGGAUAAGAGUGGUGUGUUACUCCUCAUGUUCGAUCACGCCGAAAGCCAGGGUAUUUCCGAGCUGCACAGCAUGGCAGGUAUCACCCCUUCACCACGGCUCAGCGACACAGCCCAGGUCGGCCGUUUCCUGACCGUCUAUAGACAACUCAGUAGAAAUCAAAAAGAAUUUAUCAGCAAGUGGGCCACACUCUGAAUAUCACACAUUGUUUCGUAAGGCUCGAAGGUUCACGAGGAAUCGUUAAAAGCUGUUUAAAUGCUGGUUCUUAUUAAAUUCUUGGAUAAAUCGUUUGACAGAAUGGAAUACAUUUUUACAGAUGCUUUUCGUCCAUUGAAAUAUGUUCGUUCUUUACUAUUCCGUCGAUGUUUCGCAUAUAGCUGAUCGAGUGUUGUGUUACCAUUUAUGUACCAACCUGUGAGUGUAGAUUCAAAAUCUGUACGUGUAGAAAUUUCCUAUUCUGUACUUCAGCUGUCAUAUGUAGAUACUAGUCCAUUUAGUCACGUUUCAUGUUGAAAUUGAUAUGUAGUGUUUUGUAAAGCUUAGAGGAUAACGAAAGUGAAACCACUUCACAAAACUCCACAUGCUAUGUAACUCUCUCAGCUAAAAAGAAUUAUUUGGCUCAUGCUCGUACUUUACUUUGAAAACAACUUAACACAACAUUUAUGUUUUU